AUGCCCAAAGAGGAGGUGGAAUUAGCUGUGAGAUCAGUGUCUGCAUGUGGUGAUGACUUUCUCACUGCCAUGGAGUUUGGUGAGUUUUAUAGAAUUGUAUUUUCAAAUGAGGAAGAAGUUGAUAUUGUGAAGGAUGAGGAGAAGGCAAUCUGUGAGGCAUUUAAUGUUUUUGAUCAAAAUGGAGAUGGGUUUAUCAGUGCAAUGGAGUUGGCUGAUGUUCUCUCCAGAUUAGGAUUUGUGGAGGGGAAGGAUGUGAGUUGCUGUGAGAGCAUGAUUGAAAGUGUGGAUUAUAAUGGAGAUGGGUUUGUGGAUAUUCAUGAGUUCAGGCAUUUAAUCACCAGAACUUCUUCUGCUUCGCAUCCCUGUCUUCAAUGUGUUGCUGCAGUCUGA